CAACUCAAGUCUGUGGGCUCUUGAGUGCCGUACUAUUUGGUUGCCUUGCAUGCCAGUCCUACGUGUAUUUCGCGAGAUUCACAAGUGAUCACUUUGCCCUUAAAGUAACUUCAUGUGCGCUUCAUGUUUGAUUUGGUUCCUUCAUUGCUCAAAUAUUCAUGUGUUUUAUAGCUUGCUUCAACUGAGCCACUUCGUCUGCAUAAUAUCGACAUUGUGGACAAUGACUGUCAGUAGUUAUGGUGACCCAUCUCAACUCAUGGCGCUUCCUGUAGCGAUAAUCGUGGCUAUUCCAUUGAGCGGAUCUACGGUAUUCAUUGUACAGUCGUUUUACAUAUUUCGACUUUGGAAGCUCACGAGAAAUGUUUUAAUACCCAUUCUUUGCGGGAUACUCGCCGUGGGCGCACAGAUUUUGACACUGAUUCUCGCAGUAACGGCGACCUCAACGACGGACCUCAUAACUUUUGGAGACCUUCAAUUUUUACUGAUUGCGAUUCUUUUCAUCGUACGCGCAGCCUGUGACAUGGUCACCACCGCUGGCACCGUGUGGAGUUUAAGAAGAAGAAAACGAUGCUCUGGCAUCAAGGACAUGGCGACGAUGAUUGACCGGUUGGUUUGGUGGACAAUCGAAACUGGGCUGAUCACCAGGUAUCUAGUUCUUUUAUGGCUUAUAAAGUGUUUCCACCAACGAUUCAUCAGUCUGAUGGCCACUGCGUUGGCGACAUGGGUAAGAGCUUAACCACCUAUAUCUUCCAGAGCGUUCUGUAACUAGCUUCAAGUUUCUAGUCGUGAAGCAGAACUGUGAGCAUGUUGGUACCCCGCAUUCUACCGCAGCUGAAAUGACGUAGAU